CCACGAACGAUCACAACACAAGAAUAACUGAGAUUCCAUGAAGGCUGGCUCAACGAAGAAGCGCAGCGCGGCGUCUGUAAAGGCCGCCGCUCCGCUGCAGCACCUGGACACACCAGACGACUCUCCUCUGGAAGACGACGUGGUUCCAGAACAGGUGACGACGUCCGUGAUCAGUGCGUGCAAGGUCCACCGAUGCCGCUUCCUCAAGUACGAGCCGUCGACGAUCACGGCGUUGGGCUUCAACACGACGGGCGAUAUGUUGGCCGUGGCACGACAGAACGGCGACAUCGAGCUAUGGAACGCGUCGCUGCGUCAGUUCCACCUCCACGCAGUGGUAUCGGGGCGGUCCACGGCAGUGAUUUCCAGCGUUGUGUGGACGUCGGCGCACCGGCUGUUUGCGUCGUCGUUGGACGGGACGGUGAGCGAAGUAAACUUGAGCACGUUGCGCUUUGUGCACAGCACGCACGCCAACGGCGGACCGGUGUGGUGCAUGCAGUACAAAGCGUCCGAGCAGUUGGUGGCCGUGGGGUGCGAAGACGGCCGCAUCCGGCUGUACGCGGUGCCCGAGGACGACUCGGAGCCGCUGGUGUUUCACAAGGUGCUGGGCGGCACCGGGCGCCGCGUGGUGUCGCUGGCGAUCCACGGGAGCAGCGACUACCUCUUUGGCGGGAACGACGAAGGCGUGAUUUACAAAUGGAACACGCGCACGGGCCGCAACGAGUCCCGCAUGACACUGGAGCGCUUUGCCAAGCAACCGCCGGCGGUCGUGUGGUCGCUCGUGGUCCUCGCCGACCUCACCGUGAUCAGCGGCGACUCGAACGGCAACGUACACACGUGGGACGGCGUGUCAGGUACUCUCAUGCAGACGUUUGCGCAGCUGACGGCGGACGUGCUCACAUUGGCCGUGGACACGACCGAGACGCUGUUGUUUGCCAGUGGCAUCGACAACCAAGUGAUCCAGCUGCGCAAGGGAAGUACAGCAUCAUCGGGCAAGGCAGGGCACCAGUGGGCGUAUGCAUACAGCCACCGCGCACACACCCACGAUGUGCGCGCGCUGGCCAUCUCGCCGUCAUCGGACGCGGCGCUCUUAGUGUCGGGUGGGGUAGACACACAUUUGGUCUGGUACAACGCAGCCAAGUUCAACGCGCUGCGUCCAAACAAGGCCACGCCGCUGCCCCAGCGGCCAUUUGUAUCUCUGGCUGCGCAGGUUCGUCACGUUCUCGUGCAGCACCCGACCAGUUUGGAGGUGUGGAAGCUGGCUUCGUGUGCUGCCACGUCAUCGUCAUCUCCGUCACCCACCAUGCUGGCCCAGCUCAAGCUGGCCGGCGAAGCCAACAUUGUGGCGUCGGCCAUCUCCCCCGACGGCAGAUUCAUCGCGUGCUCGACGGCGUCCGUGCUCAAGGUGUUCUCCGUAUCCGGACGUGAGAUCAAGAAGCUCCCCCUGGCGGCGACGGUGGCGCACCCAGCGUACUCGAUGGUGUUCACGGCCGACUCGGAGCGACUAAUCACGGGGGACGUAGCCGUGCGGUUGAUAGACCUGACGUCGCUAAGUGUGAUCAAAUCGUUGGUCAAGAAGAACGCAGUGCAGACCAAGUCAUUGGCCGUGUCGUCGGACGGCCAGUGGCUCGCCGUGGGCGACCUCAACAACCACCUGUCCGUGUUCAACUUGGACACGAUGUCAUUCUACGCCGACUUUCCCACGCCCCAGGACAUGCACACGUGCAUGCGAUUCCACCCGAACGGCAAGAUCCUCGUGGUUGCCACCGUGUCCAACCACUUCGCGUGCUACGACGUCGAGCAAAAGAACCUCACAGAGUGGAGCCGCGAUAACCACCACAAGCUGCCCAAGACUCUGUUCCUUCGCCAGCCGUACCAUAUCAAGGGCCUCGCGUUUCACCCGACGCAGCCCAAUAGCGUUGUGUUCUGGAGCCAGCAGUUUUUGUUCCAUAUUGACAUUGACCAGCCCAUCGUACGCGAUGACGCCAAGUCCAAGCGCCGCCGAACGCUCAGUAUCGGCGGCACCGCGGACUCGUCCAGCGACGACGUGCCCGACGUACCCACCGGCCACCCCACGUACCAAUUCAUCGACCACUAUGGCCCCAUUGCGUUUGCAGACUUUUUCAACGCGUCCGGCGCCACAACCCCCGAACUCGUGGUCGUGGAGAUGCCGUUCUUCAAGAUGCUAAAUGCCCUCCCAGAUGCAUUGCACCGCCCCAAGUACAAUGGAAGUGGUGGGGGGGGCCAUUGAAAACCAUCGUAGUCAUAAUAUAUCAAUCGCAUGUCAUCAUGCCACAACGACACACGCUUCGUCUCGAAAUGCAUACACGACUACUACUAGUAGG